AUGCAGAACGAGGUUAGGAUAUAUCAACUUCUUAGUGACCUUCAAGAUCUUCCAAAUUUAGAGUGUUACGGCUACUUUGAAAAUGAAUGGCAAAAGGUUAAGGGUAUUCUUGUGCUAAAGGCAAUUCACGAUAGAGGCAUUCUCCACAAUGACAUUCGUGGGGAAAAUAUAUUGCUCGAUAAUCGUAAUAAUGACGUUUACUUAAUUGACUUUGGGAUGUCAAGUUCUUAUUAUGACGUUAAGAAAAGUUGGAGGUUAUUUAAUGAAGAGAAACUUAAAUUGAAUAGUAUAGUAAUUGAUUUUUACAACAGUAUUUAG